AUGGCGUCACAAGGGAGAAUGUGUGACGUUACGCGGCAAAAUUACGUGGUGAAGGACUGUGUUUCAUCACUUGUGAAGGACAAUGCUUUACCACUUUUGAAGGACAGUGCUUUACCAGUUGUAAAGGAAAGUACAGCUGCAACAGCUAUGAAGGAAAGUCCGUUAUCACUUGUGAAGGAAAGUCCGUUAUCACUUGUGAAGGAAAAUCCGGUACCAUUAGUGAAGGACAGUGUUACAGAUAAUGAUAAUGGUGUGUUAGACUUAACAACCAAACCAAAACCAAAAGAUCAGCCUGUGGCAACAAGGUCAGAGCCAGCCAGUCUUUGUUUUAUUGGAGAGCAAGAAGAAGCAUUAAAUUUGUCAUUGAAAGCAACCCCAACAAAGAAACCUGUUAAAAAUGAAGUCAAGGUAGAGAAACUGACAGAAAGUCCAGAAAUGACCAAAAAUGAUAAGACACCUGUCAAACACAGCACAUUACCAGAUAGAUCUAAUGUUGUUGAUAUGAACCAGCUUGUGUCAUGUGAGAUGUUCACAAGUUUAGGUAAAAUGCAACCAUACACUGUUUCCAUGUCAACCAAUUCAUUACUUUUGAUGGUAAGUUCUGUAAUUAUAACGGCAUUCUUAUAAAAAUGCAUGUCGAUAAGGUAAGUAUAUUCUGUAGAUUUACCAUAGUAAAAAGCAAAUUUUUAUUGUCAUAAUUAUACCAUGCUGAAAAGCUAAAUUGUAUACUUAUUAUCAUAAAUAUUUUGCAAUUUCCAUUUUAUCUUUUAUAUAACUGUCCUAUUAGCUCAAUUAUUAUAGGUAGAGCAUUGAUUGGAUCGUGAAUGAGAUAACCUGGGUUUGAUUCCUGGAUUGUGCAGGUCACUUUCGUUGUGAUUAAUUAUGAAAUUCUUACUACAGUAAUUUGUAUUGUACCUCUGCUCUGGCAUGUACAGAAGUUAUCACCAGUUCCUUGCAAAAGCGCAAGGGUAGUACUGGUAAACUGCUUGACAGUCUGCCCAGGAACAAUGUGGUGGUUGAACUGUGCUCUGGUGAAUUCAUAGUGGCUUACUGUCAUGAUCUGAAUGGUAAACUACCAACACCACCACCACUUAUCUUUUGAAUAACUUAUGUGUGUCACUUUAAGAAUUUAAGUAUUUGAACUUCAUCAUCAUCAUCAUCAUAUAUGACAAGUUACAUAACAAGAUUGUAAAAUAAAAAAAUAAUAGAUAAAUGCACAGAAAAGUUACCCAAAAUUGCAAAAAUAAUAAUAAAGACUCAGUAUGAUUGUGUGGAUCCAUGCACACUUCUGCACCAGCUGAUAUAAGAGUUCAGUAUUUCAAUAUUAAUGGUAUCAUAGAAAAUUAAGAUAAAAUUAUAGUAGUAUUUAACUUUGUCAUAUUACUUUUUCCAUAAAUUUUUAGCUCACCUUGCACAAAGUGCAGGUGAGCUUUUAGGAUGGCCAACCAAAUGGCGUCCGUCGUCCGUCCACAUUUUAAAUAUUCUAAGGACAUCUUCUAUGAUACCGCAAGGCCAAUGUUAAUGAAACUUGGCAGGAAUACUCUUUGUAUGAAGCUCUAUCAAGAUUGUUCAAAGAAUUCCAUUUCAUGCAGAACUCUGGUUGCCAUGGCAACCGAAAGAAAAAUCUAUAAAUAUCUUCUUUUAAAGAACCGUAAGAGCUAGAGCUUAGAUAUUUGGCAUGAAACAUCUUCUAAUGAGUGUCUACCAAGUUUGUUCAAAUAAAAGCCCUGGGGUCAAAAUUGGCCUUGGCCCGGGGGGGGUCAUUGAUUUUCCCUAUAUGCAUAUAGUAAAAACUUAAAAAAUCUUCUUUUAAAGAACUGUAAAAGCUAGAGCUUAGAUAUUUGGCAUGAAACAUCUUCUAGUGAAUGUCUACCAAGUUUGUUCAAAUAAAAGCCCUGGGGUCAAAAUUGGCCCCACCCCAGGGGGUCAUUGAUUUUCCCUAUAUGCAUAUAGUAAAAACUUAAAAAAUCUUCUUUUAAAGAACCCAAAGAGCUAGAGCUAAGAUAUUUGGCAUGAAACAUCUUCUAAUGAGUGUCUACCAAGUUUGUUCAAAUAAAAGCCCUGAGGUCAAAAUUGGCCCUGCCCCAGGGGGUCAUAGAUUUUACCUAUAUGCAUAUAGUAAAAACUUGAAAAAUCUUCUGUUAAAGAACCCAAAGAGCUAGAGCUAAGAUAUUUGACAUGAAAUAUCUUCUAGUGAGUGUCUACCAAGUUUGUUCAAAUAAAAGCCCUGGGGUCAAAAUUGGCCCCGCCCCGGGGGGUCAUUGAUUUUCCCUAUAUGCAUAUAGUAAAAACUUAAAAAAUCUUCUUUUAAAGAACCGUAAGAGCUAGAGCUUAGAUAUUUGACAUGAAACAUCUUCUAGUGAAUGUCUACCAAGUUUGUUCAAAUAAAAAGCCCU